CAAACAGACGUAGUUGCAGGGCGACCGCAAAAUUUACAGUUUCUUUGCGAGAAAAUUUUGGGUUCGUUUCUUCUACCUAUAAAUCUCGAUCGUCUGUUUUUUUAUCUGGUCAACGCAAUCUCAACAUUGUUUGAAUCCUUUUGAGGUCUUUAUCUAGGGGGGAGAAGAUAUGGAUGUAAAACCUACAGUUGCCUUAAGGGCUAUACUAGUUGGAUGUAUAGCUGCAGUUGCUAAGAUAGCAGGAGCUGCAAAAGCUGCUGGUGGUGUAAAGCUUGGUGCAGCUGCGGUUGCAGUCACAGCUGCUGCUGGGGCCACCAUGACAGGAUCAAAGCAAGAUGCUAACCAAUCAUCCAAAUGAAUGAAGUUUUGUUUUUGUACAAUUAGGUUAGUAGGAUGGAUUUUUGAAUAAUCUAGUCAAGGUGUCUUUCCACCAUACAAUUCUAAAACGAUUAUAGUUCUCGGGUGAAUUGGGAACUAAAAUUUGUAGAAUGUUAGUUUUACUUUGGUAUAAACUAUAAAGAUGCAUGAAGUUUUGUUUUUAAA